AUGAUUUAUAGAACUCCAGGUGGUACACGGAUAAGACUUAAAAAAGGUGCAAGGCCAAUAUUGCACUCGUGGAAUAACUUUUCAGUGUCUGAUAUAUCCAGAAAACCACCAUGUUUAAGACAAUGUUUAAAAAAAGUAUGCAGGCCUCAACAUGAAAAUGUUGAUGACGACUCUUCUACAUCAACACCAUUGUUACCAAAACUAAAUGAAGUAGAUUCCUCUUCAACAACAUCAUUUUUAAUGCCAAUAAAUAAAGCAGAUUCCUUUUCAUCAACAUCAUUGUCAGCGCCACUUGAGGAAGUAGACUUUACGAUAGAUAUUGCUGAAGGUAAAUUAGUUGAGGAUGAAAGAAAUGAUUUAAAAAAGCGCAUAAUUGAAUUGGAAAAAGAGAACCAAAUAUUAAAUGUUAAUUUAGAAAGAUGUAAUGAAUUUUUAGGUGUACGUUGCAUUUGCUUCACAGAUCACGUUAUGGAAAAUAAUGAAAAUUGUAAUCAUUAUACUGGAUUUCCGUCAAUUAACAUUUUAAAAGCUGUUUUAGAAUUUUUAGAUCCUGGGGAAAAUGGAAGAAACAUAAUUUUAUACAACAACAAAAAAAAAACAACAAGUUCAUCCACCGGACGACCAAGAGCAUUAAAGCCACUUGAUGCAUUUAUUUUAACAUUGACUCGUUUACGCAGGAAUUUCGAUCUUCACCAUUUAUCUUUUUUAUACAAUAUUUCAGAAGGAACAGUUUCAAAUACUGUAAAUACAUGUAUAAAUUUUAUGUAUAUAAGACUCGGAUCAAUCUGCAUAUGGCCUAGUAUGGAGCAAGUUAGGAAGACCAUGCCGCAAUCAAUGAAGGAAAAGUUCCCAACUGUAAAAUGCAUUAUUGAUUGUGUAGAGUUUAAAGUUGAAACACCAUCUGAAUUAUUUAUGCACAAAGUUAUGUAUUCAGAUUAUAAAAUUCACACAACAGUUAAAGUUUUGGUAGGAAUCGCACCUGGGGGAGGAUUCACAUUCAUUUCAAAUGCCUACCCAGGGAGUAUUUCUGACAAAGAAAUUGUUAUUAAAAGUGGAUUUUUAAGUCAAGCAUUAUGGAAUCCAGGUGAAAGUGUAAUGAGUGACCGUGGCUUUACAAUAGCAGAAUACCUCAGACCACUUGGAGUUAAUCUUGUUUUACCAUCAUUUUUAAAGGGUAGAGAACAAUUUACUAUUGAGGAAACAGUUUUAAGUCAACAAAUUGCAAAUGAAAGAAUCCAUGUGGAGAGAAUGAUACAGAGGUUAAAGUGUUACCAUAUAUUUGAUUAUGUUAUCCCAAUGAAUAUGAUGGGUUCUUUAAAUCAAAUUAUUUCAGUAGCUGCUUUAUUGUCAAAUUUCCAAGAUCCAAUUAUAAAGAUUUAA